AUGUCCGACGAAGUGCUCCAGUGCGCGCGCUUUGGCGACGAUCAGGAGCUCAAGACGAUGCUGCAGUCAGCGGACAAUGAUACGCGCGACGCGUUGCUCAACUUUGUGCAGCCAGAGACGCUGAACACACCACUGCACAUGGCGUGUGCAAAUGGCCACGUCGAGUGUGUUCGAGAGUUGCUGGAGCACGGAGCACGGCAUGUGCCGAACGCCAAUGGGAACUUACCACUGCACUGGGCAGUACAGAACACGCAUCGGGAGAUUGUCAAGUUACUGGUAAACGGCGUCCCGGAUUUAGAUGUGCUUUCUCGCAACAACUUUGGACGGGGCUGCGUCACGGAAGCUUUCCAGUGCGACGAUCCAGAAAUCUUGACAAUGCUGCUGGAACAUAGCUCGGCGACAGAGGAGCGUCUGGCUGAAGGUACAGGCAUGGGCAAAGAUGCUUUGAAGGAGGAAGUGGAAGAGGAGGAAGGAGAGGAAGCAGACAGCAGCGCGCCAAAGGUCUUGCAGGAGACGGUGCUGGAGUUCAGUUUUGUGCCGGGACUGCCGACGUUGCGAGCAAGAGAGCUGGCAUUGGAAUGGAGCAAGGACGCAUUCGGUUCGACUGCUGAGGAGGACAUAACGGGCGUGUCGAUCUGGUCGGCGGCGCUCAUCCUGAGUCGAUGGAUCAUCGACCACCGUGACGUCUUUGAUGGCAACCAGGUCUGUGAAUUGGGCUCGGGCUGUGGCGUUAGUGGCCUUGCAGUGCACAAGUACACGAAUGCUUCGCGUGUAGUACUGUCCGAUCUGUUUGCGCACACUAUCCAGAAUCUGGAGCACAACGUAGAGCUCAACAAGAAGGACGAGAAUGCCGACCCGGACAAAGAUGAGCAACGAGAGGCCCUCGUUCUCGACUGUUGUAGUCGGUGUGGUACCGUCCAGCGCUUUACUGCCGACAAUCCGGAAGGCAAGCUUAUGACGUGUGGCGGAUGCAGGUGUGUUGCUUACUGCUCCCGCGAGUGCCAGAAGAAGGCCUGGAAGCAGCACAAGCCCGACUGUAAGGCUAUCCGGGCGCAGCGUGAGCAGACAGGGGCUCGGAAGGAGAGCGAGGUCAACGAGAAAAGGGUCGUGCAGGUGGAAGCUAUUGACUGGGCUCAGCGCGAGACCUGGCCGGUCAGUUGUGACGACGACAAGUUCGAUGUGCUGUUCGGCUCCGAUCUCGUGUAUCACCAGGAUAUCGUGCCAGUGCUUGUGGAUGUAGUGGACGGCAUGCUGGACACCGAAGGUCGAUUCGUGCAUGUUGCGUCCCAAGCGCGGCACUCGCUGGUCGAGUUCAAAAAGGCAAUGGAGGUGCGCGGUUUCAGCUGCAGUGUGGAGGAAGUGCCUGACGAGUACAAGACCAAUCCACUGGUGGGCAACGACGCUGCGACUGAGCUUUUUGCUCUGCACUUCAACGAAAUGAGCGACGUGUACUGCAUCUACACUUUCACCCGUACUGCUCAUUCGCAGAGUAAUUGA